CUUCAUCAUAUCUAAAUCAUAACACAUUCAUCAACAAAAAAAAAAAGAAAAGAACAAGAAAUGGGUGUCACCAUUUUUAAGCAAGAAUUUGCAAGUCUUGUGCCUCCAAAAAGGAUGUUCAAGGCACUAAUCCUUGAUUCCCACAACCUCAUCCACAAGCUCAUGCCUCAGGCCAUCGAAAGCAUCGAAAUUCUCCAAGGCGAGGGUGGCGUUGGCACCAUCAAGCAAAUCAAUUUUGCUAAGGGUACUCGUUACAGUUAUAUGAAGCAUAGGAUUGAUAGUCUUGAUGUGGAGAAUUUUAAGUGCAAGUAUACUCUAAUAGAAGGAGAUGUGUUGUCAAAGGAGAUUGAGUAUAUUGAUUAUGAAGUGGAGUUUGAGAAGGAUUUAAGUGGAGGGUUGGGAUGUGUUUGUAAGAUGAGAAGUGAGUACCAUACAUUUCAAGGGUUUGAGAUCAAUGAAGAAGAAAUAAGGACUGGUAAAAAUAGAGCUAUUGGUAUGUACAAAGUUGUUGAAGCUUACCUAUUUGAGAAUCCAGCUGCUUAUGAUGAUCAUUAGCAAACAUUUGUUGACUAAACUUUGGUCAACCACACUAUCUUCUUGUAAUAUUUGUUUUAAGAGUGCUGGCGCAGCUUAAAUUGAAAGGGUUAAAAUGGUAAUUUUCAAUUAAAAAUAUUUAUUGAUUGUAAGAUGCCAAUUGGUAGUUUACAAGAAUUUUUUAUGCGAAAUUAUUCCGAUA